UCCGAAAAAGAAAGAAAACCCUAUAAAACCUACACUUUAUUGAGAACUCCAACUACUUUGUUCCUGCUUUUGAAUCAUUUCUGAAAACUCUUGUUGAAAUGGUUUCUCCUUCUUCUUCUUGUUUCCUACUUCUUCUUGUUGUCGGCAUUACUUGCACUCAAAACCGUAGUCCUUUUGUCAAUGGAGACAUCGAUUUGAUCCAAAAAACCUGCAAAACCACAAAAUUUUACGACCUCUGCAUAUCAUCUCUCCAAUCCGACUCAACCAGUUCAGAAGCCGACACAAAAGGGCUCGCGAUUAUAAUGGCGAAAGUUGCAGUCGCGAAUGCCACUAACACAAACACCUACUUAUCAUCCAAUCUACUCGUUAAGAACACGAACGACAAUUUGAAAAAGGCGUUGAAGCAAUGUGCAGAUAAGUAUUCCGCCGCAGGUAUGGCAUUGCAAAAUUCGGUUCAAGAUUUGACGUCGGAGUUCUACGACUAUGCGUAUAUGCAUGUGAUGGCGGCUGCUGAUUACGCGAAUGCGUGUCACAACGGGUUUAAGAGGUACCCACGGUUGGUUUAUCCACCGGAGAUUGCAGCGAGGGAGGAGGGUUUGAAGCGCAUUUGUGAUGUGGUUAUGGGAAUCAUCGAUGCUCUCGCGAAUUGAGAUUAUUGUGUAAUUUUGUUUUGGUGUCUACAAAUUGUAUGUGUUUUUUGUGUAUUGUGUAUUGUGUUUGAGAUUUGUGUAUUGUGUAUGUUAACAAGGUUUUCUUAAUGAUUCAAAUUUCUGGAAA